AUCUCACCAUAUGCGGCCUUGAAGAGUGCGUUUACAUUACCCAUAACAACUACCAACAGCUUGCGGUAUUCCAGUCUGAGUCCCGAAAUACUCGAUCAGCGAUAUAGUUGAUAGUGUUAGUGUUAGAAUAGGUUUUUCAGAUCAUGUUUUCUUGUUUUAUCAAGGGAAUCUUGAUUUUCUUCUUGCUGUUUUUAUAACGGCAUAAUCCCAGCAAACGCUGGCGCGCAAAAAUUUUGAUAUUGUUUCGGGAGUGAUAAAAUGUCGUACUCGCUUUAUUAUCGAAAAUCCAUUCAGUGGCCAGAGUUAUAAACAAUACACAAAAAAUGUACCGUAUCGCUCACAAAUUUCGUUAUCGUAGGUUUUUUAAAUCUUUAAAAUUUUUAUGCGUGUCGUAAUUUUUAACUGUUCCAAUAUUUAUUUGUGUAUAAAGAACAGAAACAGAGAGUAUUUUUUGUGAUGCGGCUAUAGAUAGUAGUAUAUUUUAUAAAUUUUGUGUACUUUUUUGCUUGAAGCACUAUGAGUUCUUCUAUACCAUGUUAAAUGAAUGAUGGGUAUAAAAUCGAUUGAUUUUUCUAUUUAUAUUCGCAAGGUGAACAUCCGUUUUGCUUUCUAAAAAAGUGAAUAAUAACACCAAUCAAAAUGAAGCACAUAAUAACAAUGAUUCUGUUCAUCUCAAUGAGUGUACUGGUAGUAGAAUGUGUCCCUCCUAGUCUUGCAAAUCCUGGUCUAGGUCAAUUGCAAGCUGAAUUGUCUACGGUGAAGAAUACCAUCAAAGUUCUGUCAGACCAAUGGGAGAAGUGGAAUACCUUAUUCGUGACCUCAUUGGAGCCAAGAAUAACUUCAACCGCCUCUACUCUGGCAAGCAUAGACAGCAACAUUCAUAAUUUGCAAGAAAGAGCACAUGUUUGGGAUACAUUUCAACUUCAUGUUGCUGCCUGGAAUGAUCAACUUGCUUCCAUGGAUAGAAAGAUUGAUAUCAUCAACAAGGGUCAAGAAAAAGUACUGGCACUGGACGGAAAACUCAAUGCUGUCCUUUCGAUGGAAUACAAGCUAGACAACACGAUCAAAGCGUUGAAGAAUAUCGAAUCAACAGCAAGUAGCCUAGACACUAUUCUCACUGCCAAAACUACAAAGAUCUACACUGAUCCUCUACUUAACGAGUUUACGUCAAGAGGAGUCCUGAGUGCAAUUAAAUCAGUCGAAAGAAAACUUGACAGAUUGCUUCUUCCCAAUCAAAAUUGGGGCAAAGGUGUUGAAAAGCCAAAACUCCAAGUAAAAUGUAACAUACCUCGAAUGAUUGAAGACUUGCUGAACGAUGUAUCUUCAAAAGUGGACGUUAUAUUCGACAAUAUCACAAAUGAUAAAGAAGAGAGCGACGAUUACGAAGAAUACGUGGACGUUGAAGGAAGUGGGGCAACAAUGAAUAUUAAAAGAUCUCUUGGGAAAAAUAAGGCUACAAAAUGUGCGCAGAGUUGUAAGCAAUCUCACAAACUAUUAAAGGAGGUUCUUAAUAAAACUAAAAGUAUUGAAACUUAUUCCAAGCAAACUCUAGAAUUUGUGAAAAAUAUACGGACUAGAACGACAAAUGGUGAGGAAGGUGAGCCAACGAUUCAAGGAAUAUAUGGGGCUUUAGAAAAGGAGCAUCUCACAUUAAAUAUCCAAAGAUACCAAAAGAUUGACCAAGCAAUGGAAGUACUACUAAACAGAACUGCAGAUAUUGAGAGCAUCCCAAAUAAAAUGCACGACUGUGGCAAAUCGAGUCUAAUUAUUGAAGAACUACUCAGAAGUGCCUUGAAUACCGAAAACAUAACAAAACUGAUGUAUAAUAGACAAAACAUGUUUUCGUUGAAACAAUUAUUGAGUGACGAGACCCGAACAUUGGGGAAAGACCUCAACGAUGUAUUAAAAGCUCAUUUUAGUGAGCAGAGGGCUUACUUGGAGACUAUUGUUGAUACAAAUAUGAAGCAAUGCUUUCGCUAUAAUUUCUUACCUACGACAAAAACUCAUGUUCAACAUAUUUCUACAAGUGCACCUCUACCAGAGGUUCCAUCUUCAUCCAGACCAACCACAGUAGAUUUUCAACCAACAUGGAGACCUGUGUUAGAUAGAAACAAGUCUUCUUGUGAAGAUUUGUCGUAUGACGAUCCAAGUGGCGUUUAUAUUUUUGAAAAAGAUGGUUUGGGAGAUGGGAACGUGUCUUAUAAAAAGAGAUACUGUGACAUUCAAAAUGACGGAUUAUGGACUGUGAUACAAAGAAGGGAUGAUUAUAGUACCCAGCAUAAUUUUAAUGCAACUUGGGAGGAUUAUGAACAAGGUUUCGGAGAUCUUUCUGCAGAUUUUUGGAUGGGAAAUGACUUCCUUCAGCGCAUAUCCGCCAAAUACAACCUGAUAUUACGCGUAGAGCUAGAAGACUUUGAGAAUAACCAUGUCUGGGCUGAAUAUGACAAAUUCCAAGUUCUUGAUGCGACUCAGAACUACACCCUUGUGAUUGGUGGAUAUACAGGAAAUGCCUCAGACUCAUUCCUCAGCCACAACCGUACUGCAUUCAGCACUUAUGACAGGAGAAAUGAUCAGGCACCAGAGUGCUGUCCUUGUGCCGUUUCUUAUGGGGGUGGCUGGUGGUUCAACAGAUGUUUGAAUCAAAUCUGAAUGGUGUCUACCAUCGAAAGCCGAAUGAUAAUGGGUAUUUCAGAGGCAUCAUUUGGGAGCACUGGUUGGGCAAUUAUUCCUUAAAGAAGAGUGUUAUGAAAGUAAAAGCCAAAGGCCAGAUUUAUACCAAUGAAGAGGAUACGUCAGUCAGAAAUGAAAUUCCGUACUAUGAAGAACCUUAAUCGGUUAAAGACUUCGAACAUUAAUUUUUAAAGUGCAUACAUAUUAAAACAAUUCCUUUUUCAGUGUUUUCUAUUUGAUCAUUUCUAUGGAUCAUCUGAACACACAUUUUAUAUUUAUUGAUCCUUCAAAUGGUGACAUGUCAUUACAUAGUUUAAUGCAGACAUAAGAGUUGAUUAACUCCAAUGGUCAAAUCAUAACUGACCCACUUACAACUGCUAUAAUUUUUUUUGUAAAUCAAUCAAGGUUAUCAUAUUGUAACUUAAUCUUCUAUACUCAUAUAUUUUUGUUACUGCUUCUAGUCGCCUAGUAAGAUGAAAAUUGAAUUCUACUUCCCAGUCAUACGCAGAAUAAAGUGCACCAAGACCUUUUUCGAAUUCCAAACAAGUUUUUGGAUACUAUGCAUCAAGAAAAUUCGUCUCACUAAUAAUUUCAAUCAGUAUUCAAUAUGCUCUAGAACGGCGAUGAUGAUGAUGAUACCAUACUCGGUCGGUCCUCGUCAAUUGUCAAAUUUGCAUAACCGAAGAGGAAAAUGAAAAAAGUAAUUGUCAAGAGAAUAUUGCACGUGCACAAUUAUUCAAAAGUCGGGUACGGUUAUACAUGAAGAAUAAAGCAAGCAUUUUUAUCAA